GUGUGAGAGAAAGAGUGAGAGAGGGAGAGAGAGAAAGAGAGAGAGCGAGAGCGAGAUCGUGCGAGGUGAUUUAUUUAGAGCGGCUGUUACAGUGUUUUUUCGAGGGUCGAGCGCGCGUGUGACAGUGAAGGAGAGACCGGGGUGGCAUUAAAGAAGUACCUAACGGCCGUACAGGCUGAUACGUGAAGGGAGGAAAAAGUACGAGAAACCGGAGGGCGAAAAGCAGACAGUGAGAGCAAGACGGAGGUAGGAGGGUGGGGCGGGUGGAAGGGAGGAGGAGGAGGUGGUGGAGGAAGAAGGGGGAGGGUGAGACGCGGACGGCACGCAGAGAGACGCCGGGUCAACGCGCCAGGUAACAACGCCUCAGGACACCCGCUGACGUCCCGUCGACAUCCUUGUCGUUGUCCUGAUCGUCAACGUGAACGGGAACGCCGCGCAGUGAUUACCCCUUCGAACGCGGGCGGCCAGUCUCGUUCCAAAGGAUAAUACGAUGUCCUUCCACGCCGUCUCCUGGAGCUUCGCCCUUCUAGCGGCCACGGUCGCAUUGCUGCCCGCCACGCAUCGUGCUCCGUUCGCCCAAGCCGCAUCCGGCGGAGGCAGUAUGCUGGUUGACGUUAACAUCUCCGCGAUAUUGGACUCGUUCUCCGUCAGUUACGAUAAAAGAGUAAGGCCGAACUACGGAGGUCCACCAGUGGAGGUCGGUGUCACCAUGUAUGUCCUCAGCAUCAGCUCCGUGUCCGAAGUGUUGAUGGACUUCACGUUGGAUUUUUACUUCCGACAAUUCUGGACAGACCCGAGGCUCGCGUUCAAGCCCCGCACUGGCGUCGAGACGCUCAGCGUCGGCUCGGAGUUCAUCAAGAACAUCUGGGUGCCAGACACAUUUUUCGUCAACGAGAAGCAGUCGUACUUUCACAUCGCUACCACCAGCAACGAGUUCAUUCGUAUUCAUCACUCCGGAAGCAUCACGCGUAGUAUACGUUUAACGAUCACAGCAUCGUGUCCAAUGAACCUGCAAUACUUUCCGAUGGAUCGACAGCUCUGCCAUAUCGAGAUCGAGAGCUUUGGAUACACAAUGCGCGAUAUUCGGUACAAAUGGAACGCCGGCCUACAGUCGGUCGGCAUCUCGAACGAGGUGGAACUCCCGCAGUUUCGCGUGCUCGGUCACAGGCAACGACAUUCAACCAUACACCUAUCUACAGUCGGAUACACGAUGAGGGACAUCCGGUACAAGUGGAACGAGGGCCCGAACAGCGUCGGUGUCAGCAACGAAGUCUCCCUCCCUCAGUUCAAGGUCCAACAAAAUAAUAUUGAACCCUCGCUUUUAACGGGAAAUUAUUCGCGGCUGGCCUGCGAGAUCCAGUUCGUACGGUCGAUGGGCUACUACCUGAUUCAAAUCUACAUACCCUCGGGCUUGAUCGUUAUAAUCUCGUGGGUGAGCUUUUGGCUGAACCGUAACGCGACACCCGCUCGUGUGGCCCUUGGAGUGACUACUGUACUCACCAUGACCACCCUAAUGUCCUCGACGAACGCGGCGUUACCGAAAAUCUCCUACGUGAAGUCCAUCGACGUCUAUCUGGGGACCUGUUUCGUCAUGGUGUUUGCCUCGUUGCUUGAAUACGCCACGGUGGGCUACAUGGCAAAGAGGAUCCAGAUGAGGAAGAAUCGCUUCCAAAAAAUCGCGGAAAGUAUGAAGGCGGCGAGAGAGAAUCCAGGACCGCCCGGAGUGCCCGGUGAUCACGGAGACCACGCGCCUAAGCAAACUUGGUCCCGUGUUGUCCAGGAGGUGCGGUUCAAGGUACACGACCCGAAAGCACACAGCAAAGGUGGGACGCUCGAGAACACCAUAAACGGACGAGCCGACGAGGAGGCAGCGCCAGCGCCGCAACACCUCAUUCAUCCCGGAAAGGAUAUCAGCAAACUUUACGGUAUCACGCCGUCGGAUAUCGACAAGUACUCCCGCAUCGUAUUCCCGGUAUGCUUCGUCUGUUUCAACCUAAUGUACUGGAUCAUAUACCUGCACAUCAGCGACGUCGUGGCGGACGAUCUGGUGCUUCUCGAGGAGGCGAAGUAAACGGCGACGACGAGAUGCCGACGAUCAUCGGUGUCGCGCCAUAUACACCGGGAUAGAACGUGCGCGGUCAGAGACAGGAACGAAAGUAUUAGAAACGAACGAAACAGAAGAACGCGAAAGAAAAGAAGAAAACGGCAAGGGGCAGACGGUAGUGUGACCGGCUCGCAACAAGGUACUAAGGGAGCAGAUAGGUCAGGAAUUAAUUGUUCCGCGAAAGGGACGGGACUAGAAAUAAAGCUGUGAUCACUAAGGAGAGACGAGAGCAAGUACAAGAAUCGUAUGAAUUAAAUCGGUGGGGCCGACGAUUAACAAGAAACGAAACGAUAAAAGGCACGGCAGGAAAUGCAUGAUGUGGGAUGGAUGAAAAUGAACAAAAAAAAAAAUAAAAGGAAAAUUUAGAAAACGUGUCAGGCCAAGAACGUCGCUGGAGGUACUUGAAACGAGCGGUGCUUUGAGUAGGAGAUAGAGACAGUCGCGCUGCUGGUUAAGGCCGGUCGGACGACUGAAACCGUGCGCUGUGACUACUUCAUGGUAUUCCAACGGUGCAAUUCCGAUCGUAAAGAUCCACGCUUAAACCCCCCC